CUUAUCACCAAAUGCACAACCUGCCGCAGGUUAAGGGGAAAUGUACAACAACAAAAGAUGGCAGAAAUUCCAGCCGAUCGUCUCAUCCAAACUCCUCCUUUCACAAAUGUCGGAGUGGAUGUGUUUGGACCAUGGAACAUCUGCAUCCGCAGGACAAGAGGUGGAGUGUCAGAGAACAAACGCUGGGCACUAAUGUUUACCUGUUUAGUUACACGUGCAGUCCACAUCGAGGUAGUUGAGUCCCUCUCAACUUCAAGUUUCAUAAAUGCUCUCAGAAGGUUCCUUGCCAUAAGAGGACCCACCAAGUUCUUUAGAUCAGAUUGUGGAACGAACUUCGUUGGAGCGUGCAAAGAGCUUCAGAUAAGUUCAGAAGAUCCUGAGUUUCAAUCCUACCUCAAAAAUGAGACAUGCACUUGGAAGUUUAACCCACCUCACUCCUCUCACAUGGGAGGAGUGUGGGAAAGAAUGAUCGGAGUGGCCCGACGUAUUCUGGACGCUAUGUUGCUGAAAGUUCACUCUCCAAAUCUGACUCACGAAGUACUUGUGACGCUCAUGGCAGAGGUAACAGCCAUAAUGAAUGGUCGUCCAUUAGUACCUGUGUCUUCCGAUCCUCAACAACCCGACUUGCUGACGCCAAGGGCCCUUCUUACACAGAAAAUCUGUCCCGUCUCUAUUCCACCUGGAGACUUUGAUCCUAAGGACUUGUACCGUAAGCAAUGGAAACAGGUGCAAAGUCUUGCCAACUCAUUCUGGAAACGAUGGCGAGAAGAAUAUCUAGCAACGCUUCAACCAAGAAGAAAAUGGCAAGCAGAUCAUACAAACUUAACCAUCGGUGAUGUUGUUCUCCUAAAGGACACUCAGGUUAAAAGAAACGAAUGGCCUACUGGACUUAUUGUGAACACUUACCCUGGUCGAGAUAAGAGAGUACGGAAAGUAGAUGUACGAAUAAUUAAAGAAGGUACUGCUAAGGUGUACACAAGACCCAUUUCAGAAAUUGUGUUGUUAGUUAAAGGUUAAUAGUGUUAUAGCAGUAUACCAGGCGGGGAGUGUGCUGCCCCCUUGUGGGAAGAGUUGUUUGUGUUUUGAGUUUCUUGCAUUUUGUCCACGUAGA